UCCGUUCAAGCUUUGCGGCCUACAUACAUGCAUCUGGCCAGAAGCGUUAUCCCUCAAAGGCACCAACUAUACUAUGAAGCAACGACCUGUGCUGCAAAUGGAAUAAUUUAUAGAGUUCAGUUCUGAUGUUCAAUGAUGUUCGCACCUCACCAGCGCUGGUCCAUCAUUCUGUCUGACAUCGGUAUCGCUGGUUCCAUCUAUACAUAUGGGUUCUGGACUGUGUUCCGUCUCUACCUAGUGCCUUACCUCUGGGUCAACUACUGGCUUGUCCUCAUCACCUUCCUCCAACAUACCGACCCACUUCUCCCCCUACCACCGUGCCUCCGAGUUUACUUUCCCCCAUGGUGCUCUGGCUACUUUGGACGCAAUCUUCUUGAUGGCUGUGGGUCGAUUAUGGGCUGGAUCGGCGCUCAUGCUACCCACGGUAUCUCUGAGACCCACGUCCUUCAUCACGUCUCCAGUAAGAUCCCUCAUUGCAUGGUGCUCUUUCUUGAGGGCGCUCCGGGUGGACGGGAGAAAAUCUACAGGGUUUUCAAGGAAUACAAGUUCGUCAAAGACGAAAGCAACAUUCUUUUCUACAAGAGCGCAUCCGGUCUCGCUGCCACUCGCCCUGCAUUUACUGAUGAUAGUGCUAGCGACUCUGGUAUUGAGAUUGGCGAGAUUGAAAAGCGUUAG